UAUACAGCUCGAGUCCUUUACUUGUCAGCGUUGAUGUCUCUACGACACAAAAAAAAUUAAAAGUACAAUGUUUGCUAAAAUUGCCCCCUGCAACUGCAACGUGGAAAACUCAGUUAAAUAGUAACAUAACAUUUUAAGAUUACAUAGAAAAAUGUUAAAUCAGUUUUACGGACUCGCCAUAUGGGUACCUCAUGGUGGCCUUCCACUGUUUUACUUGUUUUCUUCAUUAUUUUAUUUGGCCUAUAACAAUGUAAAUUACUAGAUUAUAGUUCAUGAAAUUCAAUAAAUUGUAAUUUAUUUUACAACCUUCCAUCACCCAACAAGCAGAGCAUUGCAGUUAUACUUUGUAAUAUAAUAUAACUCUUUAUAGUCAUCUGUUAAACGACUUUCGACUUGAAACCUUUGACAAAUUUACUUUUUUGCAAUUAAUUUUCGUUCAAGUUAAAGUUACAACAUGAUAUUUCAAUCUGGUCACACCUUCUCACUCGUCAACAACAAAACUUCAAAAGGCCAUUUUCAAACUGGAUUGAAUUUAAACAAUAGUCAAUCAAUCAAUACUUUUGCUUUACGAUUCCUCGGCUGUUCUUGUUAACUUUGAACACUAAAAUGUAUUAUGUCCAGUGUGCCCUAAAACCAAAUAACACUGUUUAUCUAUCAGACUUUAGCUACUUCAAAGGAUAAAAAAUAUUGAUUUAUUGAAUUUACUAAAAAAAUGUGAUAUGUGUAGUAAAUAUUAUGUAAACAAUAUUAAACUGCUCUGCUUCUUUCAACAAAGUGCCUAUCGAAAGAAUGAAUUCAUUUUCGGUAGAAAAGACGCAACUUUUAUGUCAUUUAUGCUGAAAAUCUAAUCUGAUGUUUGCCUCAGAACUAUUUUGGCAAAUUACUGGAACAUAAGAAUUUUUGAUAAUAGCGCCAUGGAAUCAAGCAGAGAACUUCCUAUCGACUGGAGUUUACAGAGCGCAGUUAUUUUACAAGAUAAAGAUGCGGCAUUACGUGCACUGGCUAGAGGUGCAAAUCCACAUAAGGUCAUUCACAAAACUAUAACUCCAUUUGGGGAGGCUGCAAGAUUGGGGAAUGUUGAUUUGGUAAAACUAUUUAUAUAUUAUGGAAGUGAGACAGGAUCAGAAAACUCUCGAUCUAUGUCUCCAAGACAUAAGCAUGUGAAAUGCUGUAAACGUAAGUUAAGACACAGUGUACAGCAAGAUGAGUCUGUUGCUAAAUGCAAAGCUUUAAAAGAUAGAAAUUACAAAGAUUAUGAUUCCUUUGAAACAUGUGAAGCUAAGACAUCAAGAUCAGACAAGAAUCAGGGAUAUUUUAUCUUUACACAUAGUGAGGGAUCUAGUAGUGAUGAAAGUAAAACUAGCAGUCUGAAGUCACCGGUAACAUCAUCUUCUUUGACCCCAUCACCACAAGCUGACUUAGAAUGGGAUGAAGAUAUAGUCAAUGUUGCACCAACAACUAGUGAAGAUGAGACCUGGUCUACAAUGUAUAAGUGGUACGCAUCUAUAUUGGAGAACACGGGACCAGUAUUAGCAUCUGCAUCUCUUGUGACUAAGGCUAUAGACAAACUAGAUGGCUACAAGAAAACUGCUUUACAUUAUGCAGCAGAGGAAGGCCAUACUGAAGUAGUUAGGACAUUAAUUGAAGCUAAAUGUAAACUAGAUAUUGAAACUACUGAUGGAUUUACAGCCUUGCACCUAAGUGUUAUCAACCAUCAUACUGAUGUAGUCAAUUUGCUUAUACUGGCUGGAGCCAAUGUAAACCCCCAGACUCAUAAAAAUAUGACUCCACUACAUUAUGCAACAUCAAAAGGUUUCUUAGACUUGGUUGAAAUUUUAGUAACUAAUGGAGCUAAAUUAGGAGCUAGAGAUGUAGCAGACAGAGCGGCGCUGCACUUUGCGGCGAGCGCGCCUAAUGUGGAAAUACUACGGUACCUCAUUGACGCUGGUGCUGAUGUCAAUUGCGAAGAUGGCCUUGGUAGUACGUUAGAUAUUACAGCAUACCCACCAAUUUGUGAAGCUGUUUGGCAUAAACAUCCAAAGAAUGUGGAAUUGCUGCUGUCCCGAGGUGCUAGAAUAACUCACUCACACAGAUUACUACACAAUGCAGUUGUACAAAGACAGGUAGAAAUCGUCAAAUUGCUUGCUACAUAUUCUGGUGGCGCAAACUUAUAUACCGAUAAUGGUGACACACCAUUUCUUUUAGCAGCAAGAUUAGGAGAAAUCACUAUUUUGCAAUGCUUGCUGCAGAGAGGUGCAAAUCCUAAUUGCCAUAACAGUACAACUGGUGCAAAUUGUUUACACCUCGCUAUUGAAAGUAUGAAUAAUAUGGACGAGUUCGAGAUAUUGCUGCGAGAGUUAUGCGACCACAACAUUGAUAUAGAUUCUACUGCUCUGACGGCCGACACACCGUUGAAUAGGGCUAUGAUUUUAAACAAAGAUGGUGCUGCGGUUUUACUUAUUCGCUAUGGAGCUGACGUAAACAAAUGUCAGUUAAAAUUAAAAACUUUAAAAAAUAUAAAUAUUGCCAAGAAAAGAAAAUCUCAUGGUCUAGCAUCUAUGUUGCUAAAGGCCGGUCAUUAUGUCCCUUUCCCUGAUCCAAAUGAACCAAUACCAGACCCUAGUACUGCAGCACACUGGUUAUAUUACGCAAUCAGACACCCCUUAAGUCUCUCAGACCUCUGUAGGAUUCAAAUAAGAAAUGUUGGAGUGAAGACGACUAAAAAACUCUAUCGUUAUAUUCAGUCCCUUCCUAUUCCCAGGAGCUUAAAAGAAUACCUUCUCAUGGUAGACGAAGGUUUACAAUAACAUAAAAUUAAGCAACAAGACAAUGUCUAUAUGCGUCUUUAUUUAGUAAAGUACAUAGUAGUACAAAGGUGUACAUAGGGUAAAAUAUAAAAUAUUUGUUGAUAAGAAUAAUUAUGUAUCUAUGACACAAUGUUUGUCCAUAAAAGUCAUCAAAAUUAGUAAAAUCAGUAUUUAUUUUGUAGCAGACUGUAAUAAAACUGUUCAUAGAGAAUGAGUA